AGCAAAAACCCACCGCUUUACUGCAAACUUAACAGAUUCCAAGGGGAGUUAAGAAACAAACGCACCUUUGACAGGCACCAGGUAGGAGGGGGGGUUCUAACAUGUUUGUCCCCUUACUGGAGUCAAGCUUACAGGGCCCAGGAGACCAAACAAUUCAGACUUUAGGCUGCGAGGAUUUGAAUUGCCCCAUGGCCCCUUGCGAAUAAGCGUGCUUGGAUACAUUUGUGACUGUCUCCUUCACCAGCAAGUCGCCCCCCCCCCCCCCGCCUCCCACCUAGAACCACUAAAUCUUGUCCAGGGAUUGUUUUUUAGAAGGCGAUAAGGGCUUCUGUAGCUGUUGGUUUGCCUCACCCACCUUUCUUGCAGCAUAUCUUCCCCCCUCCCCCAGCCUCCCCGUUAAAAAGGACUUGAGCAAAAGGAGCCCCUGCCUGGGUGCCUGCCGCUCGCAGCUCUAGGCUGGAGAGGAUGUUUGUGUCCAGAAGUCUUUUCCAAUCGGUCUUCAGGCUGCAGACUGAGCAAGAGGAAGACAGGGAUAGACACUCUCCACUUGUCCAGCUCUCCCUUUCUAGAUAGGGAGUGUCAUUGUGCUUGUGUGUGUGUGUCCUUCUAUGGCUGGUGUAGUCCUUCACCUUCACAGUGGGGUGCUGGAACCAUAGCCCUGGUCUGUCUUGUUGCCACCUUCCUUUACGUGUCUGGGGACCAUACUGGACGCUUUUCCCUACAUGUGCAUGUCCUGCUGAAGAGCAGGCUUGGAAGCUGAGUUCCCUUCAGGCAUGAAGAGGGGGCUCGCUGCUCCUGGGUGGCUCUGAGCAUCACAGGGAUGUAAAAGAUCAGCUGUGUCGCAUACAUUGGUGUUUGCAUCUUCCAGAUGCGUUCACACCCUGGCUGGAGGGUCUAGGCAGACACCAGAACUGUGGAGACAUGAGGGAAAAGCCUGCGCAUUGUGUGGGCGCUUUGUGCAAGUUGCUCAGCGGCCUUUGAGUGGGCCCUGCGUGCUCCAAGAAUGUGCAGAGGUGGUGGCCAUUCUCAUUUUUCUCGUUUCUUUUCUUCCAGGCUCCUCUCUUGCUCUGGUUAGCUCUGGCCAGAGGCCGCCCGUGCGUGGGGCAAGGCGCAAGGGAACUGGGAAAAAGCGUGCAGAGUUUUGGUCAAUUCCAACACUAAUGUGCCUAGAGCAGGGAAGUCAAAUCUGCAGAGGUAAGAUCAAGCAUGGAAGAAAGGCUUAAGUCAGGUGUGCUCGCAACUUCUGCUACCAAGGGGCGGUCUACUCCAGGGUCUAGAGCCCUGUCCUGUUUCCAGUACCCACUAGCCCAACCCUGCUGAGGCGACGUCUCUGGGCUUCAAGGGGCGGGAAAUUCGCGGAGCGAGUUCUGAGCUCACAAACGCGUGUAGGAAUCCGUCUUCGAGCCCUUUCCGGAUAACAACGUGUGACUACUGGACACUUCAUCCCAUGCGUCUUGUACAAUUUGGCAACUUCAAGUGCCAGACUCCCACUGCGUCCAAGGGGUGGAGUGCCGGGAACCGGGGAGCUGCAGAAAAGAGCCCGUGUGCUGGCGGAGUAUCCGGCUCCUAGUUGGCCUUCUCAGUAGCUCGCGCCUGCGUGCGAGCGUCCCCGAGCGAGCUCCUCUCCGUCCUUUUCACCUCUAGGAAUUUUUUAGGGAAGAGCUGCCUGAAGCCCCAACGUGGGCCAGAUUUUACUCUUAAACUGACAAGAAAUUUCUAAGGAGAAUAAAACUUGUUCUUAAGUGUCCCGUUGGGAUGCCCCCGCCGCCCCCGCCCCCAGGUACCAAUAACUUUCCUCUCCCUCCCUCCAGACUGAAUCGAAGCCUCCCAUCUCUAUCCUGAAAAACUAGGUUAGACAGACAGGCCUGGGAAAGCCAUCCUAGCCCUGAGCCGGGAGCAGGCAGGCGGCUGUCGGAGUUUUCAAAGUCGCGCCUUGGAGACUGGGAAAGACAGAGGCCCGCCGCGUGCACAGACAGUUAGUUAAUGGAAAGCCUGUAAAUCGGUUUUAAGUGCACCCAGGACAGAGGGGGAGGAAGGUGGACGUGGGGACGGUGGCGGCCGGAGAUGCAAUGGUGAGGGACAAAGGGGAUGCCCAUCCCGCUGCUCUGAAACGAAGAUCCGUUCCCCACUUCUCCAUUGUUCUUAUUUUAGAAAAAUAAACGUAUUAAAGAAACUCGUUGGGUUAGGGAAACCCGAGCCCCCUAGCCCGCCCCAAGCGGAGGAGUCCGCGGCCUCCCUUGGCAGGGAACCCGGCUGCGGCUGUCCCCCUCUCUCCCUCCCUCCUCCCCGCCCCCGGAGGGGCAUUGCUACUACGGCGAUCGCCACCUCACGCCGAAGGAAUGCUCGAAGUAUGCACACGUUCCCAAAAGUAGACCUCCUUCACCGCCGAGGAGCAUACAUCACCCGUGGCAGCCUUCCACCUUCUCAGGCGUUUCGUAACCGAGUAAACUGAGAGCCGGGAACAGCCCUCUAUUAAGUAGCCCGCGGCGCGGAGUCUCUUCCCAGUCGGCAAAGGCGGCCGCUGCAGACGCGUCCGCCCGCAGCUGCAUUCAGUCCCCCUGCCUCCGCUCACUCUGCGCACUAGGCGCUGCUGCUGGGUGCUCCCAUCGCCUUUUCCACACCGGCGGCCGCCAGGUGCUCCCGGAGCGCAGCGCCCUCCCAGGCCCGGGGGGUCCCACGCGCAGGCUGCUGGACGCCCGCUCCCUCUGUCACCUCCGGCUCAGAUCCCUUCAUGAGGCUGUGAGCUUGAGGCCCAAACAUGCAGACCAGGCUUCCCCGAGCGCUGGCCGCCCUGGGCGUGGCCCUACUCCUGUCUUCCAUUGAGGCAGAAGUUGACCCACCUUCCGACUUGAAUUUUAAAAUUAUAGAUGAAAAUACUGUUCAUAUGUCAUGGGAGAGACCAGUUGAUCCAAUUGUGGGUUACAGAAUAACAGUGGACCCUACAACAGAUGGGCCUACUAAAGAAUUUACCCUUGCAGCUAGUACCACUGAAACUCUAUUAUCAGAUCUUAUUCCUGAAACACAGUAUGUGGUGACUAUAACUUCCUAUAAUGAAGUAGAAGAAAGUGUGCCAGUAAUAGGUCAACUAACAAUUCAAACAGGUGGUCCUACAAAGCCAGGGGAGAAGAAACCUGGAAAAACAGAAAUACAAAAGUGCUCUGUCAGUGCCUGGACCGACCUAGUGUUUCUUGUGGACGGCUCCUGGAGUGUGGGAAGAAAUAAUUUCAAGUACAUUUUAGACUUCAUUGUUGCUCUGGUGUCUGCAUUUGACAUUGGGGAGGAGAAGACGAGGGUUGGAGUUGUUCAGUACAGCUCAGAUACCAGGACUGAAUUUAACUUAAAUCAGUAUUACCGAAGAGAAGACCUCCUUGCUGCAGUUAAAAAAAUACCAUACAAAGGCGGCAACACAAUGACAGGGGAUGCCAUUGAUUACUUAGUUAAAAACACUUUUACUGAAUCUGCUGGCUCACGAGCUGGCUUUCCUAAAGUGGCAAUUAUUAUCACGGACGGCAAGUCUCAGGACGAAGUGGAAAUUCCAGCGCGGGAGCUUCGGAAUAUUGGAGUUGAGGUUUUCUCUCUGGGCAUUAAAGCUGCAGAUGCAAAAGAACUCAAACAAAUUGCAUCCACACCUUCCCUGAACCAUGUGUUCAAUGUGGCCAAUUUUGAUGCAAUUGUGGACAUCCAGAAUGAGAUAAUCUCGCAGGUGUGUUCAGGAGUUGAUGAGCAGCUUGGUGAGCUGGUCAGUGGAGAAGAAGUCAUCGAGCCUCCUUCAAAUCUGGUAGUCACUGAACUCUCAUCAAAAUACAUUAGGCUGAGCUGGGAUCCGUCUCCCAGCGCUGUGACCGGCUAUAAGAUCCUCCUCACACCAAUGGCAGCGGGAAGCCGGCAUCACGCUUUGAGUGUGGGGCCCCAGACGACCACGCUCAAUGUUCGUGACCUUACAGCGGACACGGAGUACCAGAUCAGCGUUUUUGCCAUGAAGGGCCUGACGUCCAGUGAACCCACUUCGGUCAUGGAGAAGACGCAGCCAAUGAAAGUUCAAGUGGAAUGUUCACGUGGUGUGGAUAUAAAAGCUGACAUCGUGUUUUUGGUUGAUGGUUCCUAUAGCAUCGGGAUUGCAAAUUUUGUUAAAGUUCGAGCCUUUUUAGAAGUUCUUGCAAAAAGUUUUGAGAUUUCUCCGAACAGGGUGCAGAUAAGCCUUGUACAGUACAGCAGGGACCCUCACACCGAGUUCACAUUGAAGGAGUUCAACAGAGUUGAAGAUAUAAUCAAAGCAAUAAACACCUUCCCGUACAGGGGAGGAUCCACAAACACAGGCAAAGCCAUGACUUAUGUCAGAGAGAAAAUAUUUGUGCCAAACAAAGGUUCCAGAAGCAACGUACCGAAGGUGAUGAUUCUCAUCACAGAUGGGAAGUCAUCAGAUGCUUUCAGGGAUCCUGCUAUAAAACUCAGGAACUCCGACGUGGAGAUCUUCGCAGUCGGUGUAAAGGACGCUGUGCGCUCAGAACUGGAAGCCAUUGCCUCUCCUCCUGCUGAGACCCACGUGUUCACAGUGGAGGAUUUUGAUGCCUUUCAGAGGAUAUCAUUUGAACUCACACAGUCCAUCUGUCUUAGAAUUGAGCAAGAGUUGGCAGCUAUAAAGAAGAAAGCUUACGUUCCACCAAAGGAUCUGAGGUUUACUCAGGUAACUGCUAAUAGUUUCAAAGCUGAAUGGUCUCCUCCUGGAGACAAUGUCUUUUCGUAUCACGUCACAUACAAGGAUGCUAAUGGUGAUGAUGAGGUCACAGUGGUGGAGCCAGCCUCCAGCACUAGUGUUGUUCUCAACAACCUGAGGCCAGAAACCCUGUACUUGGUGAAUGUGACAGCCGAGUAUGAGGACGGCUUCAGUGUUCCUAUAACUGGGGAGGAGACCACUGCAGAAGUAAAAGGAGUUCCACGAAACCUGAAGGUGACAGAUGAGACUACGGACAGUUUUAAACUUACCUGGUCCCAAGCUCCAGGGAGAGUCUUAAGGUAUCGGAUUAGAUACAGACCAGUUUCUGGUGGAGAAAGCAAAGAAGUGAGUACCCCAGCCAAUCAGAGGAGGAAAACACUGGAGAAUCUGACGCCCGACACAAAAUAUGAAAUAUCUGUGAUUGCUGAAUAUUCCUCGGGACCUGGAUCUCCACUGACAGGAAAUGCAGCCACUGAAGAAGUUAGAGGGAAUCCAAGAGACCUAAGAGUUUCUGAUGCUACGACAUCAACGCUGAAGUUGUCUUGGAGUAGGGCACCAGGAAAGGUGAAGCAAUAUCUUGUCACAUACACCCCAGCAGCAGGAGGUGAAACUCAGGAGGUCACUGUGAGAGGAGAUACAACCACUACCAUGUUGAGGAAAUUGAAGGAAGGGACACAGUAUGACUUAUCUGUGACAGCACUGUAUGCGUCUGGGGCUGGCGAAGCCCUUUCUGGAAAAGGAUCAACUCUUGAAGAACGUGGCUCACCUCAGAACCUAGUUACCAAAGACAUCACAGACACAUCAAUCGGAGCCUAUUGGACAUCUGCCCCAGGGAUGGUUCGAGGGUACAGGGUCUCAUGGAAAUCGCUUUACGACGACAUUGAGGCUGGAGAGACAACUCUUCCUGGAGAUGCAAUUCAUACUAUGAUAGAGAACCUGCAGCCAGAGACCAAGUACAAAAUUUCAGUUUUCGCAACUUACAGCAGUGGAGAAGGAGAGCCCGUGACCGGAGAUGCCACAACUGAAUUAUCUCAAGAUUCCAAAAUCUUAAGAGUGGAUGAAGAAACAGAACACACGAUGAGAGUUACCUGGAAAGCAGCACCGGGGAAAGUCGUCAACUACCGUGUUGUGUAUCGCCCUCAAGGGGGUGGGAGGCAGAUGGUUGCUAAGGUGCCACCCACGGUCACUUCAACAGUGCUAAAGAGACUUCAACCCCAGACCACAUAUGACAUCACAGUUCUCCCAAUGUACAAGACAGGAGAAGGAAAGCUCAGGCAAGGCUCAGGAACAACAGCGUCUCGAUUUAAAUCGCCGAGAAACCUCAAAACUUCUGACCCAACCAUGUCAAGUUUCAGAGUGACUUGGGAGCCUGCCCCUGGGGAAGUGAAAGGUUACAAAGUCACAUUCCACCCUACAGGCGAUGACAGAAGACUUGGGGAGUUGGUCCUUGGACCAUAUGACAACACAGUUGUCUUGGAGGAGCUUAGGGCAGGCACCACCUAUAGAGUCAAUGUUUUUGGGAUGUUUGAUGGAGGAGAAAGUUUACCACUCGUUGGGCAAGAAAUGACAACUCUUUCUGACACAACUGUGACACCAUUUCUAUCUUCUGGGAUGGAUUGUCUCACCAGAGCUGAAGCAGACAUUGUGUUGCUGGUGGAUGGGUCAUGGAGCAUCGGCCGUGCAAAUUUUAGAACUGUGCGAAGCUUCAUUUCUCGUAUUGUAGAAGUCUUUGAAAUUGGCCCCAAAAGAGUACAAAUUGCUCUCGCUCAGUACAGUGGAGACCCCAGAACAGAGUGGCAGUUAAAUGCUCAUAGAGACAAGAAGAGUUUAUUACAGGCUGUGGCGAACUUACCAUACAAAGGAGGAAAUACCCUCACAGGCAUGGCUUUGAAUUUCAUUCGCCAACAGAGCUUCAAGACUCAAGCUGGCAUGAGGCCUCGUGCUCGCAAAAUUGGAGUUCUCAUUACCGAUGGAAAAUCACAAGAUGAUGUGGAGGCUCCAUCCAAGAAACUCAAGGAUGAAGGCGUGGAGCUGUUUGCUAUUGGUAUUAAGAAUGCUGAUGAAGUUGAGUUAAAGAUGAUUGCCACUGAUCCAGAUGACACUCACGCAUACAAUGUGGCAGAUUUUGAGUCAUUGUCCAAGAUUGUGGAUGACCUCACCAUCAACUUGUGUAACAGUGUCAAGGGCCCUGGUGACUUGGAAGCACCGACUAACUUAGUAAUUUCAGAGAGAACUCACCGUUCUUUUAGAGUGAGCUGGACACCCCCUUCUGACAGUGUGGACAGAUACAAGGUGGAAUACUACCCUGUCUCUGGAGGGAAACGCCAGGAGUUUUAUGUGAGUCGACUAGACACUAGCACAGUGCUGAAGGACCUGAAGCCUGAGACUGACUAUGUGGUGAACGUGUACUCUGUGGUUGAAGAUGAGUACAGUGAGCCUCUGAAGGGCACAGAGAAAACCCUGCCAGUCCCUGUAGUUAGCCUGAAUAUUUAUGAUGUUGGCCCCACCACUAUGCAUGUGCAAUGGCAGCCUGUGGGAGGAGCUACUGGCUACACCGUAUCAUACCAACCUACUCGAUCUCCAGAAGGAACAAAGCCCAAAGAGAUGCGCGUGGGGCCAACAGUGAAUGAUGUGCAGCUGACUGGCCUCCUUCCUAACACAGAGUAUGAGGUCACCGUCCAGGCCGUCCUGUAUGACCUCACUAGUGAACCUGCCAAAGCUCGGGAAGUCACAUUGCCUUUACCCAGACCUCAGGAUGUGAAACUCAGAGAUGUGACCCACAGCACCAUGAAUGUCGUCUGGGAACCUGUGCUUGGAAAAGUUCGCAAGUACAUUGUUAGAUACAAAACUCCAGAUGAGGAGUUCAAAGAGGUGGAGGUGGACAGAUCAAGGGCCAGCACUAUCCUCAAAGACCUCUCCUCUCAAACCCAGUACACAGUGAGCGUUUCUGCUGUGUACGAUGAGGGCACAUCUCCCCCAGCAACUGCAUAUGACACAACCCGGCGUGUUCCAGCCCCAACCAACCUCCAGUUUACUGAAGUCACACCAGAGAGUUUCAGGGGGACCUGGGAUCAUGGAGCUUCAGAUGUGUCUCUCUACAGGAUAACUUGGGCACCUGUUGGGAACCCAGAUAAGAUGGAGACCAUUUUAAAUGGAGAUGAAAAUACUUUGGUGUUUGAAAAUCUGAACCCCAAUACUCCGUAUGAAGUCUCCAUCACCGCCAUCUAUCCUGAUGAGUCUGAAAGCGAGGACCUGAGUGGCACAGAGCGCACACUGCGUCUGAUACCCUUAACAACACAAGCUCCAAAAAGUGGUCCACGGAACCUUCAGGUGUACAAUGCCACAUCUAACAGCUUGACUGUUAAGUGGGAUCCUGCUAGUGGUCGUGUGCAGAAGUACAGAAUCACCUAUCAGCCUUCAACAGGAGAAGGCAAUGAACAAACGAUCACAGUAGGAGGACGGCAGAACAGCGUGCUCCUGCAGAAACUGAAGCCUGACACUCCAUACACCAUCACGGUGUAUUCCCAGUAUCCCGAUGGUGAAGGUGGCCGGAUGACCGGAAGGGGAAAGACCAAACCUCUGAAUACCGUGAGGAAUUUGAGAGUGUAUGACCCGUCUACCAGCUCUUUGAGUGUCCGCUGGGACCAUGCAGAAGGCAAUCCUCGUCAGUACAAACUCUUUUAUGCCCCAACAUCAGGUGGCCCAGAAGAACUGGUCCCAAUCCCCGGGAAUACCAACUAUGCCAUUCUUAGGAACCUGCAGCCAGAUACUCCAUACACCAUCACAGUGGUUCCGGUCUAUACAGAAGGUGAUGGCGGGCGCACAUCAGAUACUGGAAGGACAUUGGUGAGAGGACUGGCAAGAAACAUCCAAGUGUAUAACCCUACGCCCAACAGCCUUGAUGUUCGCUGGGACCCCGCCCCAGGGCCAGUGCAGCAGUACCGCAUUGUGUACUCCCCUGUUGCUGGUACAAGACCCUCAGAAUCUAUUGUGGUGCCAGGGAAUACCCGAACGGUGCAUCUGGAGAGGUUGAUUCCUGACACACCCUACUCUGUGAAUAUCGUGGCUCUCUACUCAGAUGGAGAGGGGAAUCCCAGCCCCAGCCAGGGCCGAACACUUCCAAGAAGUGGACCAAGGAACAUACGGGUCUUUGGGGAGACGACCAACAGCCUCUCUGUAGCCUGGGACCAUGCUGAUGGGCCAGUUCAGCAAUACAGGAUCAUCUACUCUCCUACUGUCGGCGAUCCAAUUGAUGAAUAUACCACAGUUCCAGGCAGAAGAAACAAUGUAAUACUGCAGCCCUUGCAACCUGACACUCCAUAUAAAAUUACUGUCAUUGCUAUUUAUGAGGAUGGAGAUGGUGGUCACCUAACUGGAAACGGGAGGACUGUGGGUCUGCUUCCUCCUCAGAACAUACACAUCUUCGAUGAAUGGUACACAAGGUUCCGAGUGUCCUGGGACCCUUCACCCUCACCAGUUCUUGGAUAUAAAAUUGUGUACAAGCCAGUGGGUUCCAAUGAGCCCAUGGAAGCCUUUGUUGGAGAAGUGACAUCAUACACUUUACACAACCUCAAUCCCAGCACUACCUAUGACGUCAGUGUUUAUGCACAGUAUGACUCUGGACUCAGCGUUCCCCUCACAGAUCAAGGCACCACAUUGUACUUAAAUGUGACAGAUCUGAAAACUUACCAGGUUGGAUGGGAUACAUUCUGUGUCAAGUGGUCACCUCACCGGGCAGCCACCUCCUACAGGCUAAAGCUGAGUCCUGCAGAUGGAACCAGGGGACAAGAAAUAACCGUGCGAGGAUCAGAGACCAGUCAUUGCUUCACUGGUCUCUCCCCGGAGGCUGAGUACGGCGUUACUGUUUUUGUGCAGACACCAAAUCUCGAGGGGCCGGGUGUCCCCAUCAAAGAACAGACCACUGUGAAACCAACAGAGGCUCCUACAGAACCACCCACGCCUUCUCCUCCUCCCACUAUUCCACCUGCCCGUGAUGUAUGCAAAGGGGCCAAGGCAGAUAUUGUGUUCUUGACGGAUGCCUCUUGGAGUAUUGGAGAUGACAAUUUUAACAAAGUUGUAAAAUUUAUCUUUAAUACUGUGGGGGCCUUUGAUGAAGUCAACCCUGCUGGGAUUCAGGUUUCUUUUGUGCAGUACAGUGAUGAGGUCAAGUCUGAAUUCAAGCUGAACACAUACAACGAUAAAGCUCUAGCCCUCGGAGCCCUCCAGAACAUUCGCUACAGAGGAGGAAACACAAGAACAGGCAAGGCCCUCACAUUUAUCAAGGAGAAGGUCUUGACCUGGGAGAGCGGCAUGAGAAAGAAUGUCCCGAAGGUGCUGGUUGUGGUCACAGAUGGCCGGUCGCAGGAUGAGGUGAAGAAGGCAGCCUUUGUCAUCCAGCAGUCAGGGUUCAGUGUAUUCGUUGUUGGUGUGGCUGAUGUGGACUACAACGAGCUUGCCAACAUUGCCAGCAAGCCCAGCGAGAGGCAUGUAUUCAUCGUGGAUGACUUUGAAUCUUUUGAGAAGAUUGAGGACAAUCUGAUCACAUUUGUUUGUGAAACUGCCACUUCAAGUUGCCCUCUCAUCUAUCUGGAUGGCUACACAUCACCAGGCUUUAAGAUGCUUGAAGCUUACAACCUGACAGAAAAGAAUUUUGCUUCUGUCCAAGGAGUCUCUUUGGAAUCCGGAUCUUUCCCUAGCUAUUCAGCCUACAGACUUCAGAAGAAUGCCUUUAUCAAUCAGCCCACAGCAGAACUGCAUCCAAAUGGACUCCCUCCUUCGUACACGAUUAUAUUAUUAUUUAGACUUCUCCCAGAAACUCCUAGUGACCCCUUUGCAAUUUGGCAAAUUACAGACAGAGACUACAGACCACAAGUUGGAGUGAUUGCAGAUCCUUCCAGCAAGACACUAUCUUUCUUUAAUAAGGAUACAAGAGGGGAGGUACAAACUGUUACAUUUGACACAGAUGAAGUGAAGACAUUAUUUUAUGGAAGCUUUCAUAAGGUCCAUAUUGUAGUGACCUCAAAGAGUGUUAAGAUUUAUAUUGACUGCUAUGAAAUUAUAGAAAAAGACAUCAAAGAAGCUGGAAAUAUAACAACUGAUGGCUACGAAAUUCUUGGAAAACUUCUUAAAGGAGAGAGGAAGUCAGCCACAUUCCAAAUCCAGAGCUUUGACAUUGUCUGCAGCCCAGUGUGGACCAGUAGAGACAGAUGCUGUGAUAUUCCCUCUAGGAGAGAUGAAGCAAAAUGCCCUGCCCUUCCGAAUGCUUGCACGUGUACCCAGGACAGCGUUGGACCUCCAGGCCCUCCGGGCCCUGCAGGAGGACCUGGCGCAAAAGGUCCCAGAGGUGAAAGAGGCAUCAAUGGGGCAGUUGGGCCCCCAGGUCCCCGUGGAGAUACUGGCCCUCCAGGCCCUCAAGGUCCUCCAGGCCCCCAGGGACCCAAUGGACUCUCCAUUCCGGGCGAACAGGGUCGCCAGGGAAUGAAAGGUGAUGCAGGAGAGCCAGGCCUUCCGGGACGGACAGGAACCCCAGGAUUACCUGGCCCACCAGGACCAAUGGGACCACCAGGAGACAGAGGUUUCACUGGAAAAGAUGGUGCAAUGGGGCCCAGAGGUCCCCCGGGGCCACCGGGAAGCCCAGGCUCUCCAGGAGUCACAGGGCCAAGUGGGAAACCAGGAAAACCUGGAGACCAUGGCAGACCUGGUCAAUCUGGCUUAAAAGGAGAAAAAGGUGAUAGGGGAGACAUCGCUUCCCAGAACAUGAUGCGAGCGGUUGCAAGACAAGUCUGCGAACAACUGAUCAGUGGCCAGAUGAGCAGAUUCAAUCAGAUGCUGAAUCAGAUUCCAAAUGAUUACCACUCAAGUCGAAACCAGCCUGGCCCACCAGGGCCUCCAGGGCCCCCUGGCAGUGCUGGAGCCAGAGGAGAACCAGGGCCUGGGGGUCGACCAGGAUUCCCUGGCACACCUGGGAUGCAAGGACCCCCUGGUGAACGAGGUUUGCCUGGAGAGAAAGGUGAAAGGGGUACUGGGUCUCAAGGACCCCGAGGACCGCCUGGGCCCCCAGGUCCACAAGGCGAAUCCCGAACGGGUCCACCAGGGUCUACAGGUUCAAGAGGCCCUCCUGGUCCCCCUGGUCGUCCAGGAAACUCAGGUAUCCGAGGCCCUCCAGGUCCUCCUGGAUAUUGUGAUUCAUCCCAGUGUGCCAGCAUCCCGUACAAUGGGCAAGGCUAUCCAGAGCCUUAUGUGCCCGAGGGUGGGGCCUACCUGCCUGAACGAGAGCCCUUCAUCGUGCCUGUGGAGCCAGAGAGGACAGCAGAAUAUGAGGAUGACUACGGUGCAGAUGAGCCUGACCAGCAGCACCCUGAUCACAUGCGUUGGCGGCGAGCCCUGCGCCCAGGCCCUGGGCAGUGAACCUGAAAUCACGGGUUCACUGAGGUGGGAGGUGCUGGGAUUCUCAAUCACAGGUCAGACAGAGCAGCAGUGUACGUCAUUUCUGUGAUGUUUUCUCUGCGUCGCUUCACCCACAAGUGCUCCGAUCUGACUGUAGAGAAUCUUGUUUCUGCAGGCAGCCUAGCUGGCAACAGUCUGUAGACAUCCAUGCCUUUGCAGUUCAAAUGGUUACAACACAAGCUCUUCACAGAAGCUGCAUGGAGAGAACGCGUCCAGGGUGGGCUGCGGCAGCCAAGCUUCUAGGUUACCCAGCAAGCCCUGGAAACCAGAGCAGCUGUCUAUUCAGAAAGGGCCUUUAUCUUUCUUAGAACAAAUGCAGUUCAAUUGCAUCCCAUUUCCAGUCAUUCCACUCUUAAAACCAAAAAGGAGGGGAACACCAGCUCACUGCAGCAGUUCUCCCUUCUUUCCUUCCUUCUGUUACGCUUUAGGGCACAGAAUGCUCUUUAGUCUUUUAACAACCACAGACCUUAAGCCUCGUAGCCGAAGUUAUUGUAUCAACUGGAUACUGUUCCAUAUCGCUUUUAGACGUCUUUGUUUUGACACACUAACAUUUAUGCCAAAUUGCAGAUUAUUCUGCAGAAAUGGAAUUGCAUGUUUGUGUUGUAUAUUUAGAAUGAACUUUUUUUUUUUUUUUUUGCAAAACAUGUUUCUUAGUUAUCAAAGCAGUUGGAAAUGUUUGCAAGACUAUGAACAUAGAAUUGCUGCUUUUAUAUUUUAACUGCAGAUUGUGAAUUUCACUGCCUUAUAUUAUUUAUUUCUGAAACAAAAGAGGCAUUUUUCAAUAAAACUACUGAAAAUUUGA